AUGUUGUACUACGUGGAAUUAAACGCACCCGCAGCUCAGCCCGUGCACGCUGAUUUACUACGAGCUGUUGUACGAUUCCUAGACGAUGGCAACAACUACAAGGAGGCUAUGAAAAUCCUGAAGCUAGUGGUGACGCGAUGCUCCACACUAGUUGUGCCCCCGUACUGGGAUCACGCGCCGUCAUUACUCGAUGCAGAACUACACGGCAAGAAGGAAUUGCCAGGUCGCACGAUGGAAUUCACAUUUGAUUUAUCGCAAACUCCCGUUAUCGGUCGCAAGUAUUUGCCCAAAGCGGGAUCACACCCCACUACAGGACCUAGCUCGCUCUCCACUUCUACGCCAUCCGCCACGCCAGACAAAGGUAACAAUUAUUCAUCAGCGUCUGGUUCAGCGUCGACGGUAGUAGGCGGGGAGGUGGGCGGGGUUACAGGCUCGGUGGUGGGGAUGGGGUCGGGGACCGGCGUGGGCGUGGGAGCGGGACAGCCUACCUCCGUCGCGUCACCAAGACGGUCCCUUUCACUCUCACCAGCGGACGCUCUCGCUUCUGGAUGGAAGCGACCAUGGAUGUCGCAGGCAAGUUACUUGUAUAUUUCGUGGCCAGAUCGUAGAAAAUGA